AUGAAAUAUGAUGAACCUCUUGACAUGAGAGUAGAUUAUUGUUAGAGCAUAAAUUGUACGAAACUAGUAUAAGUAUACUAGUAUCAAUAACUAUUUUUGUGAAUAAACUAUGAAUUUAUUGAUACUAGUAUAAUUUAAUUUAUGAAUUAUAUUUGAGGUGAGCAAGAUGAAAGACUUUAACUAUUGAUAAGUAUUGUAAAGAGAAUAAAAUUUAAUAUUGUUGUUGUCUUCCCUGAAAAUUAAAUUAACGUAAUUCAAUUCACAUACUCUAGUUUUUGUAAAAGCUAUUAAUCUUAUUGGGAAUAACAAUUUUCAGAACAAGGUACAAAAAAUAUAUAUGUAUCAUUAUUAUUUAUGAUUAUAAUAACCAGCUAAUUAAACAUUAUAAAUAUAUAAUGAUCUAGAAGAUGAUUUAGUAUUUGUACUACCCAUAAGCGAGGAUACCUAAUUAUACUGAAAGCAAAUUAGAAAAGAAUAAAUAAGAAUAAUUUGGAUUAGAAUCUAGUAAUUAUAAUCUUAAUUAUUUAGCUGAAAAGAACACAAAGAUUUUGUCUAUGAUUAUAUAAUAAUAUUAAUAAUAAUAAUAGAUUUAUUAACUUAAAUUAGAUCAACAUAAUUAAGAUGUCUUAAAAUUGAAUCUCAUAAGAUUAGGUAAAUUAUUUGGAUUUAAAGUUACUCUAAAAUUAAAUACUAUAUUUUAUAAAUAUAUUUUUAGAUUUCAGAUUAAGAUCAAGUAAGAAAAUCAUUAUUAGUUUAUUUGA